AAACAAAAGAAAACAUAAUAGGCGCACAAUAUAUAGUUAAUUUCUUUUGUUCAGCUUAAUUUUAUAGUCAACAGGGUCAUGGCAAUGGAUGUUUUCCAACUCCAAGCUCUCAUUUCCAGCAUCAUUGCGCUGUUAGUUGUGGUCUUCAUUUAUCGCUUAAAGAGAGUACCUAGUGGUAAUACCAAGAUCUGCACUGCACCUCAAGCUGGAAAAGCAUGGCCAAUUAUUGGCCAUUUACACCUCUUUGGGGCUCACCAAUAUACACACAAAACACUUGGGCUUAUGGCUGAGAAACAUGGUCCUAUUUUCACUAUAAAACUCGGUUCAUACAAAGUUUUAGUAUUGAGUAGUUGGGAGAUGGCGAAGGAAUGUUUUACUGUCCAUGACAAAGCAUUCUCCACCAGGCCUUGUGUUGCAGCCUCAAAGCUAAUGGGCUACAACUAUGCCAUGUUUGGCUUCACUCCUUAUGGCCCUUACUGGCGUGAGAUGAGAAAAUUAGCUACUAUUGAGCUACUCUCUAAUAACAGGCUUGAACUGCUGAAGAAAACAAGAACAUCUGAGUUAGAAGCUGCAAUAAGAGAGCUUCACAAAUUUUGUUCAAGAGAAGGUUGUCCAGAGGGAGGGGUUUUGGUUGAUAUGAAGCAGUGGUUUGGGGACUUGACGCAUAGUAUUGUUCUCAGAAUGGUGAGAGGGAAGCCACGCAGUGAUGAUUAUGCAGAAGUUGAAGCAAGAAGGUACAAGAAAGUUAUGAGGGACUUUAUGAGUUUGUUUGGGGUGUUUGUUUUAUCUGAUGCUAUUCCAUUUCUGGGGUGGUGGGAUAUCAACGGAUAUGAAAAGGCCAUGAAGAGAACUGCAUGUGAAUUGGACUCUCUUGUUGAAGGGUGGUUAGAGGAACACAAAAGAAGAAGAGCUUUGAGUGUGAAUGGAAAGGAAGAACAGGAUUUCAUGGAUGUCAUGUUGAAUGUUCUGCAGGAUGCACACAUUUCUGGCUAUGAUUCAGAUACCAUCAUCAAGGCUACUUGCCUGAAUCUGAUUUUAGCAGGAAGUGACACCACCAUGAUUGCUCUAAUUUGGGUGCUAUCUCUGCUACUUAACCAUCAAAUGGAACUUAAAAAAGUCCAAGAUGAAUUGGACACUUAUAUUGGGAAGAAUAGAAAUGUGGAAGAAUCUGACAUAAUGAAUUUGGUGUACCUCCAAGCCAUAGUCAAGGAAACACUGCGCCUGUAUCCACCAAGUCCUAUUAUCACCCUUCGUGCAGCCAUGGAAGAUUGCACCUUCUCUUGUGGCUACCACGUUCCUGCUGGCACACAUUUAAUGGUGAAUGCUUGGAAGAUUCACCGAGAUGGUCGUGUUUGGAGUGACCCUCAUGAGUUCAAGCCUGAAAGGUUUUUGAAAAGCCACAAAGAUGUUGAUGUAAAGGGUAAGAACUAUGAGCUAGUCCCUUUUGGUUCUGGAAGGAGAGCAUGCCCUGGUGCCUCACUGGCUCUGCGUGUGGUGCACUUGACCUUGGCUAGACUCUUGCACUCUUUCAAUGUUGCUUCUCCUUCAAAUCAAGUUGUGGACAUGACAGAGAGCAUUGGUCUCACAAAUUUAAAAGAAACCCCCCUUCAAGUUCUCCUAACUCCACGUCUAGACACUAGGCUUUAUGAGGACUAGAUUAUAAUAAGAUAGUUUUCUCAAAAUAAUGGCAGAAACAGAAACCCUAUAUGUUCUUUUCAUCUGUUAAUAACAAUAACAUGUUUAAUGGAUCUGCAAUGUAGUACAAUAAUUAUGUACUUAUAGUUAUGAUUCACUUUUUAAUAGAGCUGCUUCGUAUUAUAAUGACUCUAGACUUGUGGUUCAAAU